AUGAGCACCAAGCCCGUCAAGGACAACAGCAAGAUGAAGAGCAGGUCCGCGCGCGCGGGGAUCUCGUUCCCGAUCGGGCGUAUCCACCGCCACCUGCGCGAGGGCCGCUAUGCAGAGCGCAUCUCGUCCGACGCGCCCGUCUACCUCGCGGCCGUCCUCGAGAACGUCGUCGCAGAGGUCUUCCGGGAGGCGUGCAACCACCGUGACAAGAAGAGCCAGAAGCGCAUCGUCCCCAACCACAUCCUAACUGCCCUCCGCAAGGACAAGGAGCUUGCGACCAUCUUCGCCAACGUCACAAUCCGCGAGGGAGGCGUCGCCCGCUCCGCGAAGGAGGGAAGAGAGGGCAAGGGCUCCCAUCGGUCGCAGGAUCUUUGA